AUGGGUGUCUUACCUAGCAUAGAUUCUCGUCCUCGUUUGGUUUUUCCAAAUACUCCUCCAGAGUCGACAAGCCCUGGCGCAUCGACCUAUUCUACUAAUUCAUCUGCGGACCGACCUUGGAUCUCGCCAGCUCCUACAUCGCCAUCCAUGAACAACUAUGACAAGUCUCUGACAACAGAAAUGCCUGCAGAUCAGAAGAUGAAUGGUGAACAGUCAAGGCCAGAGUCGACCACACAAGCUGCACCUCGACAACAACUUCCUUCCUUGAGUAGUAUCUUCGGACCUCCACCACCAGCUGGCCGACCAGCACGCUCACCCCUUUCAGAGCACAACAACUCUUAUUCUACUACAUCUCCCCUGGAUCGCACUCGUGCGCCAUCUGGUGAUAGACAUCAUUCAACAUCAUACUUCCCUCCCACGUUGUCACCUUCAUUGUCACAACCACGCACCUACGACAACAAGUUCGACACGGACCGACACCCAGCCCAUGGCCUCCCACGGUCUUACUCUGGCUCAGCUUCUCCUAGAUUCCGUAACGGCGAACAUACCCGCCAGGAGUCGGUUACCGAAGGGCAAUCUGGCCGAUGGUCUGCGCACCAGGAAAGUCGAUCUGAGUACUCUCUGGGAUCUCGAGAUGGUUCAUUUCGACCGCCACAGGACCAAUUUCGGCUUCACUUUCCAAGUCCUAAGGAACGUGUGAUUCCCACUUAUAACGAUCAAGGGUCUUCACAAGGAGCUCCAAUCCCCCCACCAACACCAAGCACCACGGCGACUGAUGGUGUUCCGUCAAAGGAUGGGCUGGGCCCCAAGAUCUGGACUGGAACACAUUUCUUACCUAGAUUUGUCAGGGCCACUGAAGUGCCAGGCGAGGGAAUGUGCUACUUCUACGACGAUGGCAGUCACUGCAAGACCGUAAUUGAUGGUGAGGCAGUAAACGCUCACUGGGGUGUAACCAAGGCUGGGAAACCAAGGAAACGACUCGCGAUUGCAUGUGUGACAUGCCGUGAGAAGAAAAUAAAAUGUGAUCCUGACUAUCCUCGAUGCGUUCAGUGCGAGAAGUUUGGUCGCGUAUGCAAGUUCAAGAAUGCGCCUCGAGGAGGGCAUAACACAUCACCAUCGACACCACCGGCUGAGCUUGACGAUGUCAGGACACUGAAUGGGCCAACCAUACCCAAUGAGAGUGAGAACAGUUCACCGGUGUCGCCACGAACUACUCUCCGUCCCCAGUCGCCAGAGUCAGGCUCACACAAGAGGCUUCGAUCGGGUUAUGAUAGUUACGUUUCGAUGAGUGAGCCAGUGCACGCACUACCGCCUGUUGAGGCUCCCAGACCUCACGUCCCCAUUCAACCCCCCGCAAUUGAGCUCCCUCGAAUUUCCGAAGAGGUGCUCAACCAAGCCUGGCGAACUGACCCCUCCCUUUCCGACCCCCAGUCUAUUCGUUCAGUGAUCUCUCACUUUUUCGUCCACCUCGACAGCACCAUGAUCGUGCGAUUCAUCCCCGAGAACGUGUUCAAGGCAUGGGUUGUAAAUCCAGGGCACCGCAAGACGCCAGAGGACUUGAUGAUCCUGUACAGCAUUCUCGCUGUCGGUGUUGCCCUUUCUGGCGGACCGAAAUCCAUCGCUUUUGAGUACGCAUCUGUUGCGCACUAUGCUCAGAAAUUCACCACAACCAACUGUAUUCAGUUGGUUCAGACUAGAGUUUUACUGGCACUCUACUAUAUUUCAAUUUCCCGCUCAUCUGAAGCUAGUGAGAUGAUCUCAGCGGCGGUGGCUUCAGCGGCUUGCCUUCAGCUGAACGUCGAGAUCGAAGAGUCAAAGGAAGCGGGCCUCGUCACAUUUCCAUUCGGAAUGAACAAGGCUGGGUAUUGUGAAGCCAGGAGAAGGACUUUCUGGUCUCUUUACAUGCUAGAGCGCCUUGACGGUCGCUUUCCUGAUCAUUUAGCCAUGAUUAACGCCGAAGAUAUCUAUAUACGCCUACCCGCCGACGGUCAGAGCUUCGAGCGUGAGAUGGAUGGAUUCGCUCCUGUUUUCAACCCUUACGUCUCCAGCGUUGCUACCGCGCAAGACCGUGAGCUUGGCAUUUCAGCGUACCUAGUCCAGAUGGUACACAUCUGGUCUAACGACGUAUGCCGGAUUUAUAGAAUGGCUCGACGAGCGAAUGUGAUGGAAACAGACCUGGAGCCAUCCCAACGAAUCCUGAAGCGCAUUCAAGAGUGGCGCAACGUCCUGCCUUCCCGGUUGGCUUUCACCGCUUCGAAUCUUGAGUCUGCAGCGCUGGCAGGAGAGCUGGGACCUUUCUUGACCAUGCACCUUCUUUACAACCAUGCCAUGAUCAAGCUCAGUCGCCAUACGCUCGCAGCAGGACACCUUUCGCCUCAGGUCACAUCCCACAAUAUACAGACAUGCUAUGAACAUGCAACACAAGUAUUAGAUAUGGCCAAGGCACUUGUACGACUUCAUCGUGGAGGCCAGACAGUUCUCAGUGGGCCGGCACCUGUUCUAGCCAUGGUUUUGACCGAAGCUGUUGAUGUUUUCACAGCAAGUGGCCGUCUUUCCCACCUAAGCGACAUCAUUGAGAAUGUGCACAUGGUUCAGGGAGUGGUUCAGGCCAUGUUUGCUAUUUGGGACAAUGUGCGGAACGCGCAAGAGGCGAUUGAUGGACGCCUCGCAAUGCUGCAUCGCAUUCGAGAGCGAGGCAGCCAACCGGUCAGUCCUAUGGAAGGCUACAGAGUCUUUUACAGCUCUGAAGGACGUGAAGAAGAGAAGAUCCUUCGUUGGCAAAUCAACAACCCAAUGGAGAAGCUGUAUCCUCGGGAUAUGGAUACCAUUUACUAUCUACAAUGA